AGUCCCGACCAGGUCUUCGCGUACCUGCAACUCUACGCCGAUCUGGAAUAUCAUGUUCUGAUCUGCCGUAGACCCGAGUGCCGACACGCCAUCUCCCCAUAUGGAGCCCAGGUUACCGCACAUCUCUGGAACAAGCAUAGCGUUCCACUGGCCGGCCGAUUAGGACUUGCGGAGCAUAUACGCGAUAACUACUCUCAAGGCCUCCGCAAACCUACGGAUGCAGCUCUACCGCCCUGCGGUUCCAAACCCCAUCCAGAACUCCAGACCUACGAUGACUUCAGCUACCGCAAGUGCGUCUUCUUUACGACUAGCUUCCACGAGCUUACAAGGCACCUCUCU